AUUCAUUUCACGAAUAUUAUAUUCUCACAUUACAUUUAUUGUUCUCCCCCUCUAUUGCCGGCUGCCACGGGCCUCCGAUACGAAACCGGAAUCAUGGCGUCCUCGAUUCCAGCUGCACCGCUUCCACCUCCUCCACAAACCCCUCAUCGGCACUCCCAUAAUCCGGGUGCAGGUCCUCGCCAGAAGCCCGAGAACCCUCGUCGUAAAUCUGCGCCUUCCCAUCGAGGUCACCUCUCAUCUGCAUCCACAGCAGCAGCUUCCCCAGAAGUCAUAACCAAUCUUGUCGAUUCUCUUAGUAGGCUUUCACCAGGACCUCUACAUAACCCCUCCCUUUACGGGUCAUUGCAUGCGCCGAAUAUGUUCCCUGCCCAGCCAUCUCCACGAGAGUUGGAUUACGGUUGCACCGUUGGGAUUGGAGGUAUUGGUCGAGAUGCUGGAUUUCUUCACCCUGAUGAUGCUGCGCUUGCACCUGUGGUGAGAACUGCGAAGCCUCCCAGUGGCUUUUCCAUUCACACAAAUGGGUCUAGUGAGGGCGUGUCGAGGAGAGGCUCAUAUGCCUCUGGUAUAUCCGUUGGGAAAGGUGGUGUUGACAUACCGAGUUAUGUCCGGAAUUAUAUGAACAGGGCUGCGGGAGCUGGUGACGGCAUGGCUGAUAGGAGGAACUCCAGAGAGAGCAGUGUGAGUGGAAAAAGCACAAGAAGGGAUGGUGGGGGGAGUCGGUUGAGCUAUAUGUCCUCGCGCGAAAGGAUGAUGGUGGAAAAGGGCCGGUCGCGCGACCGUGAUGUGUCACUGGAAAGAGAUAGUGGGGGGGAAUUGAGGAUGAGUGCUGCUGGAGUAUUAAGUGCAGCUAGUGGAGGUGAUUACAGAGGAAGGGGGAAGACUGAGGAAGCAGGGGGUAGACAUAUCCCCGUAAGAAGGAGUAGCUACGGUAAGGGAUCGCCGCAAAGGAUAUCCAGCUACCCUGCAGCGAUCACUACCGGUAUUUCACCACUGAAUAUGGGUUCUCCUUUGGGGUCGCCGAUGUUUCCAAACCAUGAGGAGGUGGACGAAGAGGGCAACAACGAUGCCGCUCCAGCGCCUGACCUUCCGAGAAAUCGACCUGAGAGGGAUCGUAAACGCAAUUCGAAGCAGUUUCCAAAACGUGCGGACAGCUUGAAUAGCGGGGUGGGACGUUCGCCUAGCAAAUCCAAGCGAAAGUCGGAACCGCAGAGCGUUCUUGCAAACCAAUUCGCGCAACAGCAGGCGUCUCCGCCACGUCCGUCCUUCCAAAGUGCGCCACCGGAGACCACUCACUACGAGCGCCCCUCCUCCGCGGACUCUAUCGACGAUGCGGUGGAUUCGUAUCUGUGCUCCCCACGCCUUUCACAAAAGAUUCGUAUGCCCACUACUGGUCGUAUUAUCUCGUUCUCUGAAGUUGGCGACCCCAGCGGAUUUGCGGUUUUUGUCUGCGUAGGGAUGGGCUUGACUCGCUAUGUUACGGCCUUUUAUGAUGAAUUGGCGUUGACGCUCGGCCUCCGACUGAUUACGCCAGACCGACCUGGUGUCGGCGAGUCUGAGGGGAUCGACGAAAAUGAACGAACGGUCCUUAAUUGGCCUGACGAUGUGCUUUAUAUUUGCCAGUCACUCAAGAUUACAAAGUUUUCGAUACUCGCUCAUUCAGCUGGCGCAAUUUACGCACUUGCUACAGCAUUGAGGAUGCCCGGGCAUAUAAGAGGGAAGAUUCAUUUACUUGCUCCUUGGAUUCCGCCUUCUCAGAUUGAAGGUGUGGCUGGUGCCGGUAAGGAGGGUGAGGAGAAGGUUGGGAGCAUCCCUACGGCACAACGAAUUCUCCGAGCUCUCCCAACUCCUAUCCUCAAAGCUGCCAACUCUUCAUUCAUGUCAGCGACGUCUUCAUCGCUUACUACGUCCCUUCCACGAACAGGAGGCCGGGAUAGGAGUCGAAAGAACAGACGAGCUGCUUCUGUCGCUGGUGGGGAUAUGCGGAAGGGUGACUCUCCUGGUAAAGAUAGACCGGGAAAGGGUAAUGCCGACAUGCCUUCCGGUCCACUCUCGCCAACUUUAGUAGCGGCGAAAAAUGGAAUUGGGAAGGAUGGCGCUGCUGUGACGGCUACUGAGAAGCCCUCUCCUGAGGAGGCGGUGAUUGCGGCAGCUCUUGCCUCAGCAGCAGAGAGAGAGCGACAAAUGUCUUACGAUGAACGACUAACCCAUGCAAUUUGGACGCUUAGUACACGGAAUGCUAACCCCGCCGUUGACCUGCUUGUCUGUCUUGAGAGAAACAGACCGGUUGGGUUCAGGUACGUUGACAUUACGCGUGCGGUGGUGAUACACCACGGAGCAAGGGAUACCAGAGUGCCAGUCGAGAAUGUCAAGUGGCUCGGGAAGACGAUGCGAAGGUGUGAUGUUAGGAUUCUGGAUGGCGAGGGUCACGGCUUAAUGGCUAGCGCAGUGGUAAUGGGCGGAGUACUCGACGAGAUUGCAGCAGAAUGGCGAGACUGGAGAAAGGUUGUUGAGGGAAGGGAGGUGCAUGGUGGAGGGCGGGAGAGAAGGUGGGCCAAUUGAGCUCUAGUUUGAUGUGUUUUCCUUCUGGAAACUUAUUCUUUUACCCUUUCAUUCUUUUAGCGAUUGAAUCACACCCACGGACGUCUUUUUUUCAUAUAUUUUUAUUUUAUCCUCUGCAGUCUUACGGUUUCUCGGAUUUCGACCCUUCGAAGCUAGUAAUAGACGCUUUCGCUUCCACGAUCUUGCAAACGAAACGAUACUUGAUUUUAUUUCUUUCCAUUUAUAUCACUUGGGUCAUGGGAAUAUCCAGCGGAGCAGCGGGCGGUUUUCAAUCUCUUUGUCAUAUUCUUUUGUAUUGCGAUUGUAACUCUCUACUUUAUUAUAGUUGUAUGCCGUGAUGGCGGAACCUUAUCGAAAUUUCGGUUCACUUCUAUUAUAUUAUUUCUCUUCAGUUAGCGGGGUUAUCCGAGCAAUGGAUUCUAGCAUGCGCUGCAUAUUGUAGGGUUGUUUCUGUUGGUGGAAUAAGAUGCUGUAGGACGAUGGUCAUGUGUUCUGUUUAUCGAUGGAAGUUUCGGUUGGUGUAGGAUUAGUGCUGGUGUCGUAGUAUCAUAAGAGGGUAGGUAAUUCAAGAAGCAAGUUGAGAUGUCGG